UCAACUCUAAAGUGGUGACGGCCGUCGUCAGUAAUGCAGAAACCAAGCAUCUGUCAGAGCCGGUGAUGCUCGUCUUCACACACGAGGAGGAGAGGGCGGAGUCUGAGGGCGUGGCUUACUCCUGUGUGUACUGGGAUGAGGCUGAGGGGGCGUGGUCUGGGCGGGGCUGUGAGGGGGCGUGGUCUAACAGCACUCAUACAGUGUGUUACUGGUCUCAUUUCAGUAGUUUCGCUGUGCUCAUGGCUCUCUAUCCUGUCCAGGACUCGUUUGAGUUGGUGCUGAUCACGCGUGUGGGUUUAGUUCUGUCUCUGGUCUGUUUGUUUCUCUGUAUCCUGACGUUCCGGUUCUGCCGCUCCAUCCAAGGAACCCGAACCAGCAUCCAUCUCCAUCUGAGCAUCUGUCUCUUCAUCGCAGACCUCGUCUUCCUCUGUGGGAUCUCCAGCACUCACAAUCCGGUGGGGUGUGCGAUUGUGGCCGGUCUGCUUCACUUCUUCUUCUUGUCUGCGUUCUGCUGGAUGCUGCUGGAGGGGGUUCAGCUCUACCAGAUGGUUGUGCUGGUCUUUCACACCACAUUAAAGCAUCUCUACAUGUAUCUGGUGGGAUACGGGGUCCCUCUCGUCAUCGUCACCGUCUCUGCCAUCGCCUUCCCAGCGGGAUACGGCACCGAGCGACACUGCUGGCUCGCUCUCGAUCGUUAUUUUAUCUUGAGUUUCUUCGCGCCCGUCUGCAUCAUUGUGAUCCUCAAUGGUUUUGUCUUCGUCAUCACCGUCUGGAAACUGGCCAGAAAGUUCUCCAGCCUCAAUCCAGACCUCUCCAAACUCAACCAGAUCAGGAGCUUUACGGUGACCGCUGUGGCUCAGUUGUGUAUUCUUGGAGGAACGUGGAUCUUCGGCUUCUUCCUCUUCCAGGAGAAAGGGACUGAAGUCAUGUUGUACCUCUUCAUCAUCCUCAACAGCCUGCAGGGGGCGCUCAUCUUCAUCAUGCACUGCCUGCUGUCCAAACCGGUCAGGACGGAGUAUUACAAUCUGUUUGUCCGAAUGUGUCCACACAAGAAGAAAGCCGAACACAGAACCAGUACCAGCCAGACCAGCAGCAGUCAGAAACCUCUACGGAGCGACGGCAGCACAGCAGAGUCACAGAUGUAAAGCGCUUGCCAUCUGCUGAUGGAUUUUGUACAAACUCUUCAACACAAGACGCAUAAAGAUAAAGCUUUAAUUCAGCAGUACACGUUCACAGGAGUUCAUCGUCAUCCGAUGAGUACUACAGAUGCUGGUUCAUCAUGUGAUAUGCAUCAUCUGUUACUGGAGACGGAGAUAUAGGCUUGUCGUAAUGCAUCCCAUAGGAACAGAUACAAGUCAUCAUGCCAUUCUUUGAAUAGAGUAUUUAGGUUGCUUCUGUCUUUUGCUUUUCUUUGUUGUGCAAGUGGAAAAAGUCUUGCUUUUUAGAAGGAUACACUGUUUUAUAAUGCUAAAUGUUGUAUCGUGUUGAGGGAGAGCUUAGUUUGAUUAUGUUGAUUAAUGGAGUCAUUCUUUAGAAGCAAGGCCAUAACCAUCCUGAAAUAAAUCCCGAUUUCUAGCUCACUAUUUCUCCCUCCAUUAUAAAGGAAUGUAAUGACUGAAACAACUGAAAGUUAUACUGUCAGUGACAUGUCUGUUUAUAUUAUAUUACACUGGCAAAGAUGUAUUUUUAUAUGCAAUUUUCUAUAUGCAAACUUAAUUUUACUUCAUUUUCAUGAGGGAA